AUGAGACUGGCCGCGUAUGCUGGGGCCUCGGUGGUCCUAGCCACUGGUGUGUUUCUAAAAGCUCUUCAUCAGAGGUCCAAUUUCUAUUCAGCAUGUGUUUACCUCUCUCAAAGUAGUGCGAAUCUUAUGAUCCUCACGAAUCUAUGCCUUCUCGUCGCCGGUUUCGUACUAUUCUGGCUUCAGCGACUUCUUUACGGACCCCUGCGACCCAUCGAGACCGAGCAACUAUACGAGCGGGCCUGGUUCGCCGUCACAGAGACAUGCCUGGCCAUGACCAUAUUUCGAGGCGAACUUGGAGGCUGGUUUUUGGUCAUGUUCAUUUCGCUGCUGGUCGGCAAGGUAUGGGGCUGGAUUGGCGAAGGCCGCGUUGAGUUCUUAGAGCAACAGCCACCGGCUAACCCCCGGUUGUUCCAUACUCGACUGGCAGUAUCUCUCGUGCUGACGGUGUUAUUUGACGCCUUCAUGUUGCGAUACUGCGUUCACAUCGUACUCGCGCACGCCCGGCCGGAUAUGAUGGUUAUGUUUGGAUUCGAAUUCGCCAUCUUAACGAUCCUGUCGACUUCCACCCUGCUACGAUACGUUAUUGCAUUGACCGAGAUCUCGAUCACCCGCCAGCAAAUAAAUGCCAAGAUGCAGGAACGCCGGGAUGAGAUCCGUGUUGCGCGUGUCGAGGCGAUUCGAGAACAUGCCCGUGCGGGAUCUACCUCUCCUCCUGACAAUCUGCCCGACGAAAACGAUGUCAACGAGAUGGAGAUCGAUGUGCCCGGAUGGGAGGAGAAGGGUCGUUGGGUCUUCUACUUGGAUCUUUUGACGGAUUUAUUGAAACUCUUGAUUUAUUUGAGCUUCUUUGGUAUCCUGCUCACUUUCUACGGCCUCCCCAUCCACAUUCUGCGCGACGUUGUUGUCACCAUCCGCUCAUUUGCCCGGCGCAUUAUGGACUUUAUGCGUUACCGAAAUACGACAAGGGAUAUGCACCAGAGGUAUCCGGAUGCAACGGCAGAGGAAGUUUCUCGAGAAGAUGUCUGUAUCAUCUGCCGCGAGGAAAUGAUUCCAGUUCAGCCGGCGCAACCACAACCGGCAGCUAAUGCUGCUGGAGAGCCGGCACCACAGCCGGCCGGUGGAACACAGCGUGUUCCUGACCGUCUGCGUCCAAAGAAGCUCCCAUGUGGCCAUAUCUUGCACUUUUCGUGCCUCCGAAGCUGGCUUGAGAGGCAACAAAACUGCCCGACAUGUCGACGUCCUGUUAUAAUGCCCCAGCAAACUCGGGGGGCUGCCGGGGUUGGAGACAAUAACGCAGGCGGUGGUCAGAAUGGUGGCGUCCAGCCAGGCCAACAAGGUGCAGACGCACAACCACGUGCGCGGGUCUAUCAGUUUGGCCCUUUCCGUGUCGGCUUUGGAGCUAUCGAGCAACGGCUCAAUCAAGAGAUCGCCACCCUUCGAGCUGCCUCGGACCAUCUAAAUCGCGUGCGUCGGCUUCGGGCGGAACUAGAGCGGUUGCUUGCCCAAGCAAGGGCUGUUAACCAACAAAACCAACAAGCUGCCGGUCAACAAGGUGUGGGCCAGCCACAUGUCACCCAACCAGGUGAAGGCCAACCAGGCCCGCUCCCCCAGCUGGCCCCAGGAUCGGUCUUCACAACGGGACACCAGUAUGGCGCAAACCCGGGUGCUGACGUUAUAAACUCCGGAGAUCCUCGUCUACCGGAAGGGCUUACUCUUCCACCUGGUUGGACCCUCCUUCCUCUCCAGCGGGUGGAUAAUGGCCCCAACGGUGUGGACCAUACAGUACAACCCACGCCUACCACUACAGUGACAUCCCCAGCUGCGCCAGCCGUGGCCAGCCCUGAAACCUCUCAAGCCCCCACAUUAUCUGUACCUGUUCAGGAUCAAACGAGCGGGAAUGUCGGGGUAAACGCGCGCGGCACAACCAACGCUGAACCCCUUCUUGUAGAUGAGGUUCCUCAGGCCCCGGCAUUGCAGCCGACGCCAACUGGCCCUUCCGCGGAACAUCGCGCAGAAUCCCCGUCCCAAGAAUGGACUGACGUUGCCCCUAGAGGGUCCUUCGAGGCUAGGCCGGCUUCCUCCAUUCCUACUACAUGGGGUAGCAACGGGGAAUCCGCAAAUAGUGCUUCUAGUCAAACCGACACUCACACCCCGUCUGCAUCCAACGGCAAAGGCCAGACUGCAUCAGUUGAAGAAACGCCCGAUGAAGAAGCUUGA